AACAGCCAUGGACCUUUCACUUUCUCUCACUCCAAAGUCUCCCGUCUCUCCCUCUGCCCCUCACUCUCUGCUCUCACAGCUUCCCCCGAGGCCCGGACCAGAUAACACAUACUUUUCCCAGAAGCAACCCAACACAAGCAAAUCAAAUUAACCAAAGGGAAUGUGAAUUUUUUCUCCUCUCCAAACCCAAUCCCUUGCGUCUUCUCAGAAUCCCCAGCACAAUAAUGGGUGGGGUUACUUCUUCCAUGGCUGCAAAAUUCGCCUUCUUCCCUCCGAAUCCCCCCUCCUACAAGCUCCUCAAAGACGAACACACCGGCCUUCUGCUCUUGGACCCUUUUCCCCACCGCGAAAAUGUCGACGUCUGGAAGCUUCCCACGCGCCGCGGCUCCGAGAUCGUCGCUGUUUACAUCCGCUACCCCAUGGCCACCUCCACGCUUCUCUACUCCCAUGGGAAUGCCGCCGAUGUUGGCCAGAUGUACGAGCUCUUCAUUGAGCUCAGCAUCCAUUUGCGCGUCAAUCUUCUAGGGUAUGACUAUUCUGGAUAUGGACAGUCCUCGGGAAAGCCAAGCGAGCACAAUACUUAUGCAGAUAUUGAAGCUGCUUACAAGUGUCUUGAAGAGAAUUAUGGUGCUAAGCAAGAGGAAAUUAUCCUUUAUGGUCAAUCUGUUGGAAGCGGCCCAACUUUGGACCUUGCUGCACGGUUGCCCCGACUACGAGCAGUUGUCCUGCAUAGUCCCAUAUUGUCAGGGUUAAGAGUCAUGUAUCCAGUGAAGCGCACGUACUGGUUUGACAUCUAUAAGAACAUUGAUAAAAUACCAUAUGUUAAGUGCCCUGUACUGGUAAUUCAUGGAACUUCCGACGAUGUUGUUGAUUUCUCGCAUGGUAAACAGCUCUGGGAGCUGUGUCAAGAGAAAUAUGAACCCUUAUGGCUCAAAGGGGGGAACCAUUGUGAUCUUGAACUCUUCCCUGAAUACAUUAGGCAUCUCAAGAAAUUUAUAUCAACUGUUGAGAGAUCGCCUUCACGAAGGAACAGUUCAAGGAAAAGCACAGAUCGAAUCGAGCAAUCAAGAAGGAGCACGGAUUGUUUCGAGGCCCCAAGAAGGAGCACAGACAGGAGAGAGAAGCCAAGGAAAAGCACUGAUAGGCUAGACAAAUUGAGACCUCAAGGAUACAAGUUCGACAACAUCGAGAAGCUAGAGAAAUUAAAAAUCUCAAUCGACCAAGUAGAGAGAUCGCGGAGAAGUGUGGAAUACUACGAGAAGCCGAGAAGAAGCAUCGACCAACAGUUUGAAAAAGCCCGAAAGAGCGUGGAUUGGUUGGAUAGGAUUCGUGCCGGGUAGAACAAGAAAUUGCAUUGGUGAAGGGUGGUUCCCUGAUAAAAGGAGGGUGGUAUACAGAGAGGAAAGUGCAGGAAAACAUUGGGGAUUCUACUUCUAAUUAUUGAUUUCUAGAAAAAAGGGUGUUGGUUUGGGAAACUCCAUACUUGGGUGUCACAUGUUUAUAGUUUGAUACAUGGGAAUUCAUUACCUUCUACCUUGAUUGUUAAUAGAACCAAAUCAUUGUUGUUAAUCUUAAUCCCCUCAAAAGUGAAGCUCUGUUAUCUCUUGUCAA